AUGACGCAUUUCUUCGCACACCUCUGCCUUUAUUUGCAGAUGAUCGACAUUCCGGUGCCGCUGCUCGCGACCCAAGUCAUUCUUGAGGCUUACCUACAAGUGUUGGAGGCUGCAGGCCAAAGAGAGUUGAUUGCAAUGUAUGCUGUCCCGCUAGGAGACAACGCAGUCGAGCGAUAUGAGAUGUUCUUGACUUCGCUCGAACUUAUCGCGGACGUCAAUGAUCGUCGAUUAGCAUUGACCUGUGCGCGGGAGGAUGGUCUAGACGUUCACGAGGUGGCGGUCGUCGCUGCCAAACUCACAAUUGAUAGAGCAUUCGAGAGUGGACAACGUUCGGGGAUGGAACGCAUGAUACUGCGCUGGAACAGGGCGACCGUCAUUUUGCGGUACUUCCUAGGUAAGCUUAUCGUCGAGGAUCUACUAUUAUGGCUCCGUAUGGUUUCAGGUGCCGGGAGGGUUUUGCUUGCAAAGAACCUUGUGGAGAUGCUUCCGCGUGAACUCCCCUCAAUCGACCAGCCUGAGGAACGAGCCACAAAAUACCUUAACCACAGGCAGUUCUUUACGAUCCAGGACAGUCUUGACCGUGUCAUGGAGUGCCAGAACCUAGAGGUGCCGAUAAUGAAGCGGAACACCAGGGCUGCUUGUUUAAUUAACCAGGCUUACGAUAGAGUCGUGAAACUGCUCAGAUAUGCCAGACGAGACAGGAGGCCGUCACUCCCGCGACCUAACUCGCAUUCGGCAGAUAUAUACCUCCCCGAGCUUAUACUGCGGCUGCAUGUCAUGCUCUACGCCUCUCGAGAGCAUAUCCCAGAGAAUCUGAAGCGCGCAUUGGAGCUUGCCAACACUGUUGCGGAUUCGAGGUACAGGCUGUAUAAUGAUUCCUUGCAUAUUGCUGGCUGGAGGCUUGGGGAAGCCUUAACGCAGUGCGCCGAGCAACGAUAG